UUUUUAGGAUUACCAAAAGGUAUAGCACUAUACAGAUACGAAGCAACAGAAGAUGAAGAAUUAACAUUAGAAGAGGGCGACAUUGUGGAUAUACAUGAUGAAGCUAAUGAUGGUUGGUGGAAAGUUAAAAAGAUUAGUGAAAAUGAAAAGAAUGAACAAAAUAUAAAUGGUAAUAAUAAUAAUAGUAAUAAAAAGGAUGAGGGAAUAUUCCCACAUAAUUAUGUUUAUAAAUUACCAACAAUGGAUUUCUAUCAAUUGUCUCAAAAUAAAACUUGUCCAAUUCAAUACAUCCAAAACGUACUUAGAGAAAACCAAUUAAACAACACCAACAACGCAGAGCAAAACAAAGGUGACUUUAACUUUAAUGAAUACAAUAGUCAAUCCAUCAAAGAUGAAACCCACUUAAUUGCAUCACUAAGCGAUCCAAUGGAAAAAAUAUCACCACCAUUAAACACUGAUCAAUAUCAACAACAACAAAUUGAAGAACAAAAACAACAAGAAGAAUUAUUAAAACUACAAAAAGAACAAAAUGACGAGCGUCAAAAACAGCAAGGUAUCACCAUUAAGCUCAACGAUGUAGCCAAAGAAGGUUUCUUAAUUAAAAAGGGUCAUAUUAGAAGAAACUGGAAUGUUAGAUGGUUCCAAUUAAAAAGAAAUAUUUUAACCUAUUCAAAAACACCAAAUGAACCAAAACUAAGUGGAACUAUCGUAUUAUCAUCAGAAACUGAAAUUGAUAUUGCAACCAAUAUGAAAAGAACAAACUGUUUCCAAAUUAAAAACCAAGGAUUUGUAUUUUAUUGUUCCUCACAAUCGCCAGAUGACAUGGAAUCUUGGAUUCAUGCAUUAAAUCAAGCAAAAGUAAAUAUAAUCAUAAUGUUGUUUUUUUUUUUUUUUGAUUCUUAUACUAAUUUUUUUUUUUUCCAAUUAUUUUUUUUUUCAGAAUGUACAUUAAUUUAA